GGCCCCGGGGACCUGCACAGCCAGCCGCAGCGCCUCGGCCGGGCGCUGUGGUACGCGCGCCUGGCCCACCAUUCGCACAGGACUGCUUUUAACAACAACGUCAGCAUGGCUUAUGAGUGCCUGAGUGCCAGGGGCAGAAGGAAGAAGUCAGGUGUCAAUGGAAGACUCUACAGUGAGUUGCUCAAGAAGAUCUGCCAAGAUGGAGAAGCCCCUGAAGAGGUUGUUUCUUCUUUGCUGAGGAAGAUCCAGUGUCGGGACCACGAGGCAGUACCUUUUGAUGUCUUCCGCUAUGGAGUACUCAGCUGUUUUGUGCUUCUGGAGUUUGUGGCAAAAGCUGAUACCUUAUACGACGUACUGGAUGAUGGCUCUGGCAUAGCAGAUGAAAGUGUUUGCCAGGCAGUCCUGGACACUCUGGAAGAAGCUCUCGGAGCCACCGACUUCUCGGUACCCAUCCGUUACUUGGAGGCUGGAUCUAAGCUUGGACCAGACUGUUUGGCUUUGGCCAUGGACAAAGCAUUGCUAGACAGGAAGAUUUGCUCCUCCAUGAACAGGGAAGAGUUUCUAAAGAGAGCCACAGCCCUAUUCAUUGCAAAAGUAAAACCUAUUGACUGACACCUUGCAGUUGGGACAACACUCGCUGUGUUUUCCUAUGACUUCAAAUGAAGCACGUUACCCUGGGAAUACAUCAAAUCCUGCGACUUUGGGUGGCCAGAGUAGGCCACAGAGGGAGCAAAGUGGGCCUGCCAGUUCCUAUCCUAAAGGAUAGGAUCUACUUGACUAAAGAAUGCUUAUCUUAAAUUUCUCAUUCACCUCCUGGCUCCAUCCUGAACACCUAAAUGCCAACCAACUGUAGCAUUUGAUCUGCUGGCUUGUAUAUCAGAACUUGUAUAUAAGAACCUCCUAUUUAAAAUGCCUGUUUAUUUUCUACAGCUAUUGUAAACCUCUGCUGAGGUUAUAGCUUGGGGAACAUCCAGGAAACCAGCUAAAAGUGAGGCCUUAUAGCCUGAGCACAUUACUAGAAGUUAGGGACUACUGAGCUGUUGUCCUGGCUUUGCUACUGAUAUAUUUUGUGAUUUUUUUUUUUUUUUUUGGACAAAUCACUUAAGUUGUGUAUUCCCUGUCUUUAAAAUGGGAGUAAUACGUACCUCAGAGAGUUGUGGUGAGGUAUAACAAAUAAAUGCAGCUUUGGGAGGAUCUAAAGUGCUAUUUAAGUAUUGUUAGUAAUGUGAAGUAAUACAUUAAAUACACAAGAUGAUGCACAUCUGGCAAGAAUUGAGAUUUCAGCAAAAACACUUGCUAGUUCUGCAUUUGGCCAGUGGCUGAAUUUCAGACACCUGUAUUAGCAUUAAACUAUUCUGGGGUUUUUCAUCAUAUCACAGUUUACUAAACUGCAUCCUGUCACUUGAACUUUCACAAGCAGAGAUCGUACAUGACUAGUAAGCUAUACAGCAAAAUUGGUAUUAUACAGAUUUGCUAGUAAGUCUGGAAUUUGAGCAAAACCAGGCUAAAUUCUAAUUCCCUUAUGCUAAUAUACCUUGCUAUGUUUACUUAGCCCUUCAACUAUUGUUGUUGGUUGGACCAUACCAUAUCUAUUUGUGAGUUUAGAACUAUGAUUAUUCAUGUCAUUCAAUUAUUGGUGUAUUAGAGGCCAUUAAACUGUUUAAUCUC